GGUGAUUCAGGAGGAGCAGACUACACAUUCAUUUCUGAUGAGCACCAGUCCAUUUUGCGUGGAGUUUCUUGUGUGUUUCCUCUUGCAGAGCACAGACAUUGUGCGAGACAUGUGUUUGCCAAUUGGCACAAAACACAUAAAGGUGAUGAAUUAAAGAUGAUAUUCUGGAAAGCGGCAAAGGCGUAUAAUGAACCUGAUUUUGUGGAGGCAUUGGAUGAAAUGGGUAAAGUCAGUCCGGCUGCGGUUACUGCUUUUAAAGCAUAUAAUCCCAGAUGUUUUUGUAGAGCCUACAUUAGAACAACCACAAAAUGUGAUGUCAUAGUAAGUAACAUGGCUGAAACUUUUAAUGGAUACAUUAUAAAUGCUAGAGCUAAGCAUAUAAUAUUUAUGCUAGAAGAUAUUAGGGGUGCUUUGAUGCAAAGAAUGGUUGUUAAGCGGCAGACUAUGGAAAAAAAUGGAUGUUUCUUAUGUCCAAGAAUCCAGGCAAGAUUAGAAAAAUCAAAAGAUGAGGCAGCUAAUUGUACCCCACUACCCUCUAGUCAAGUGUUGUUUCAGGUGUGUCAUAGGCUAGAUACUUUGACAGUCAAUCUGGAGACUAAGAGUUGCACUUGCAGAAAGUGGGACCUUAGCGGCGUUCCAUGUUGUCAUGCUGUUGCAUGUAUGUUCUUCAUGAAUGUAGC